AAGAAAAAAGCAAAGAAAGAAAAAAAAAUAAAAGAAGAAAAGAAAAAAAAGAAAGAAAAGAGAAAAAAUAGAAAAAAAAAAAGGAAGGAAAAGGAAGGAAAUAACAACACGACGUAGAAACUUUUCUGUCCGUCCCUUUCGUCAAGUCCUGAAAAGCCGGGAUGGAGCUGGAGAAAACCUACGCGACCCCCCGGGCCGGCCGCACAGGACAUGGAGGCGUGAAUCAGCUGGGGGGUGUUUUUGUGAACGGCCGCCCCCUCCCAGAUGUCGUUCGCCAAAGGAUUGUGGAGCUUGCUCACCAAGGGGUCCGGCCGUGUGACAUCUCCCGGCAGCUCCGAGUCAGCCACGGCUGCGUCAGCAAAAUACUUGGCAGGUAUUAUGAAACCGGGAGUAUUAAGCCUGGAGUGAUUGGAGGAUCAAAACCAAAGGUCGCCACACCCAAAGUCGUUGAAAAAAUCGCAGAGUACAAACGCCAAAAUCCCACCAUGUUUGCCUGGGAGAUCAGGGAUAGACUCCUUGCUGAGCGAGUGUGUGACAACGACACCGUGCCCAGCGUCAGCUCGAUUAACAGGAUCAUACGGACGAAGGUGCAGCAGCCACCCAAUCAGCAGGUUCCAGCCUCCAGUCACAGCAUAGCCUCCACGGGGUCUGUGACCCAGGUGUCCUCAGUCAGCACCGACUCCGCCGGCUCGUCCUACUCCAUCAGCGGGAUCCUGGGAAUCGCCUCCCCCGGCACCGAGAGCAACAAGCGCAAGCGGGACGAAGGUAUUCAGGACUCUCCAGUACCAAACGGCCAUUCUCUCCCAGGCAGAGAUUUUCUUCGGAAACAGAUGCGAGGAGACCUUUUCACCCAGCAGCAGCUAGAAGUGUUGGAUCGAGUCUUCGAGAGGCAACAUUAUUCUGACAUUUUCACAACAACUGAGCCCAUCAAACCAGAGCAGUGGUGCUCCAUGCUGAUGAGACAGUGCGUGGUACAACCGCAGGCAGUCAUUUUUCAGGCAACUGAGUACUCAGCCAUGGCAUCAUUAGCUGGUGGAUUAGAUGAUAUGAAGGCCAAUAUAACCAGCCCUACUUCUGCAGAUUUGGGAGCGAGCGUUCCUGGGCCUCAGUCGUACCCUAUUGUCACAGGUCGCGAGCUGGCAAGCACAACCCUCCCAGGAUACCCUCCGCAUGUCCCCCCUGCCGGACAGGGCAGCUACUCCGCUCCAGCGCUGACAGGAAUGGUGCCUGGGAGCGAGUUUUCCGGGAGCCCGUACAGCCACCCACAAUAUUCAACGUACAAUGACUCCUGGAGGUUUCCCAACCCUGGACUCCUGGGUUCCCCGUACUACUACAGCGCUGCAGCCCGCGGGGCAGCCCCGCCAGCAGCCGCCGCUGCCUACGACCGCCACUGACGCUGGAGCCCGAGGCGCCAGCACCGACGGCAUGCACCGCCUGGGACACCGUGCUGCCACCCCGCCAGCCGUGCUGCAGGGGAAGGAGAAAGUACCCAGUAGGAACAUGCUAAUCGAAAUUUUGCCCUUUAAACUUGGAGAACUGAUGAUUGUUGUGUUCUUAAAGCCGGUCGUGUUGGCUGGGUCUCAAAUCAAAAAAAGAAACAGGAGGAAGCGGUUCUCCUGAUGCUCUGUGUGAUCGAAAGCUCGCGGUAGCUCCAUGUCUUUUGCAGCCGGCUGGCUACUGCUUUAACUGCCUGUGGGUGCCACGGCUGUAUCUGGGGAUAAGGAAGAGAAGUGAGCAGCCCCCCUUGGGGCAGCUUCCUCUUGCUGCACACUGAAACAGGCUGUGAGACUCAAGGCAAUUUUCUUUUUGGGUUUUUGUUUUUUUAUUUCUCUUUUUUUUUUUUUUUUGUGGCAAAGAAAAGAAUCAGUCUGCUCAAUUUUACACAAGCACCACUGUAAAUACUUGCUUGUUUGUAUUCCUAUAAGAGUGGCUUAAGCAUAAGCAGCAACAUUGUACAAAUAUGAACUCAAAACGCAUCUGAAAAUGUGUUUUGAAACUGGUGCACUGAUUCAAAGAAUUCAGUAAGCUUUAAGCAACUUUGAACCAGGUUAACACUCAUUGUGGCUAUAUUUCAGGCUGAUGUUAUUUCUGCAUAGAGCAUCCUGCCUGACAGUUGUGUGUGGUGAUGCUAUAUGCUGGCAUCAAACACAUGGGCAACUGAAGACAUGGGCAGUUUUGUGACAUUUUACUGCUUAAUAUUCAUUUAUGUUCAUUUAUCAUUGUAAUGAGCGUGGAAACAAAUUCUCUGGUUUCAAGUUAAGCCACAUCCAAGAAGGAAUUCCUAAAUAAUAGUUGACACCUUAUGUACAUCUAAAUAGGUUGUGUGCUAAAACCCAAUUAUGAACACCCUGAAAGGAAGGGGGAAAAAUACCAUGGUAAUAGUUUUUGUUAAACGGACCCACUGAGUGGGGUGUACCGAGCACGGGGGGGCCCACGCACUUCCCGAGGCAUAUGGAGGGGAAGGUGCUCGUUUUGGGGGUCCGUGCGUGUCAGUGAAGGCUUUUCAAACUCACAGAAUCACAGAAUCACAGAAUGGCAGGGGUUGGAAGGGACCUCUGGAGAUCAUCUUGUCCAACCCCCAUUCAAGGCGCUGUAGUACAGGCAUGCGCCAGGGGGAUUUUGCCCCUUAAUUCCACUUUUCUUCCUUCCCCCUCGAAGAGGGA